AUGCUCCCCCGGCCACUCCAAACGCUGUUGCUCAUGUUAGCCAGCUUUACGACGUCAUCCGGUCAGAGGGGAGGUCUCAGAGUCAUGACGUUCAAUAUUUGGAAUUCCGGGAAAAAUGUCAUCAAUGGUCGGGAAAAAAUUGCCAAGCACAUUGCUCUGGUCGAUCCGGAUGUGGUCACUCUUCAGGUUGGUUUUUUUUUUGGCUGAGUCUGGAAUUUAGGGUUGACUCCUUACAAGGGGGGUAAUUUAUUUUACACUCUGGGAACUUUUGAAAUUUGGUCAGAACUCUUUGUUGUACUGGAUGAAGAUUCUCAAAUUUUGAGCCUACAGAACCUCCUACUUUCCGAGAAAACAUCUUUCAACUAUGAAAAUUUUUAGUGGCCACUAUAGGGUUUUGACGUUUUAGUGGCCACUAUAAUAGUCAAAUUAGUGAACGCUUAAGGGGUGAAAAGUUAGUGGCCACUAUAGAGAUCUAAGUGCUACUACUAGACCACUAAAAAUUUUAGGGACCACUUUAGGGGUCAAUGGAUCAACAUGACUGAUUUAAUCUGUUCGUUCCAAAAUUAUUCAGAGUUACUGGAAGGAAUACUGGAUGAAAAACUACUAAAGUGGCCACUUCAGUGUCCUCUCCAAGUAGUCCUCGACGAACCUCUAUAAAGGCCACUAAAAAGUUUCCCGGAAAGUCAAGGAAAAAUUUAAAAACUCAGAUGAAUAGGAAAAUGGAUUUAAAGCCUGACAAAUGAUAAAGUUGAGCAGCUCUUUUUUCGAAUCUUAAGUUCAAGGAUUAUCCUAGCAAAUUUCAAAAAAUGACCAGCCUGAACCGUUUUUUAACCUUCAAUAAUGUUCAACCUUUUAUCAGUUGAAAAUCGACUUUGAGAGAGCUCGAAAUUCAGGAGACCUACGUCAACGUGAGCACGGAGCUGAUUGGAAUGCUCGGGGAGCAGUGGCAGGCCGUGGAGUGUCCACUUGGCAACUAUCCAGACAGGGUCAUUCUCACGAAACACUUUGUAAGCAUGUAUCUCUUACAGGGAAACUUUGAAACUUUUGAAACUUUUGAAACUUUUAUUCAGUCUUCAGAGAAGGUACUCUGCUGAAUCAUGAAAUAAACGAUGGAAUAAUUUUCUUAUAGGGAACCUGAAGAAAAAAGUGGGAUUUGAUAGAGUUCGGCUUAACGACACUCUAAUCCCAAAUCAGCCUAAGAAAAUAAAGCUCGAAUUCUUUGAAAGUUUUUUUAGAUCUUUUAAAGUUUCUAAUUGAAAUGGUAUAGUUCAUUCAUAACAGUUAAAGGCAGUCUGACCAUGUUUCAUUAUUCUUUCUUUUUUUGAAUUUCUCUAGAAUUUGGAGCGAAUUUCGAUUUUCAUCUCCAACGAAACGAAAAGUUGCUAGAUUGUCUCUAUGUUUCCCUAUAAUUCCAAUUUGGAGACGGCCUUCUUUUGAAAAAUCAACAAUCUGUGUGGAGAUUGUCCUGAAUACGAAAAUGUUCCUCAUAAUUUCCAAUUUCCAAUUUCGAGACAUGGUCUUCUUCUAAAUAAUCAACAUAUUGCUAGAGACCGCCGAGCCACGCCCCUUUUUGCGAUGGUGAAAUGCACUGGUUUUUUAGAUUUUGUGUUUGAUGCUUUCUGAAGCAAACACAGAGAAAAUUAGUGGAAACAUAGAGAAAACCUUCCUUUUUAAUCUCAUAUACUUUUCACCCGAUUUUCGAAGCGUUUUAGCGGAGUGUCGUACAAAAAACCAAAACUACUUUUUUUCUUCGGGUUUUUAACCUAGUUCCAUGUUGUUGGCGCCAUUUUAGAAUUUAAUUUUCAAGUGAAAAAAACAAAUCUUUUUAAGACAAAAAAGUUAAAAUUUCUGAGAUGCCUAAUCUUCGUAAGGCCGCGCAAAGUUGAAAAUGUUGUACUCGGUUUCGAGAGCGUAUAAGUAAAAAAUUUUUAUUUUAACUUGUGAAUUAAAUUGUAACUGAAACUUUAUUAGUAUGAUAUUGCGUUGAGAUCGUCCCCAACACGACGAUAUUCACGAGCGCGGGAGUUGGGGUGAAAAUCCUCCACCGGUCCGGCUUCAUGUUCUACAUCUGGUCCGUCCAUUUGGCCUACACUUCCUACGGUCCCUACGCCGCCUACAACAAGCUGGUCACCUCCAUCGAUCAGAUCAUGGCUGGAGAGAACUUGGGUCCGUAUUUCGAGAAGAGUCGCUAUCUAUUCGGAAAAUUUUAGGCAGGGGACCCCAAAUGAAAGAAAUUUUGGAGCAUCCCAUCAUGCAAUCGUGGAUCAGAAAAUCCAGAACCUAUCCUCUUUUUGUCUGCGGAGAUUUCAAUGGUCCUUCUCAUUUGGAUUGGGUCGAGGGAAACAGGUUUGUUCAGUAUCUCAAUUCAGCAAUCGCGCUCCAUGGAGAAUUUACUUUCUCCUCCUGGAUGAAUAGGAACUCUUGAUGAUAAGCUUUCAUUGUGAACUAGAUUUCCAAUUUUUCUCGUUUUUUUAAUUUUUUCAAUCUUUCAACUCAUCCUGGUCCCACUAGGAAUGGCUCGACGCGCCUUUUCAAAGUGCGUCGGACUUGAAACGACUUACGUCUAGCGGCUGAAAGCGUGAUAUAUCUGAUUCACGGCCAGCUUGGGACACUGAGGGGGCGUGGCCUGUCUGUGCCCUCCACACACCAUGCACUGCCUCUUUUAUUAUCGUGUCAGGAUCCAUUUUUCGGUGGCUCAGGCCAGCCGUGAAUCAGCUAUAAAGCUGUGAAGUCUCAAUGAGCGACGCUAUGAGCCAUUCCAAACGCGACCACCUUUUUCAACUCAAACGGAGUUACAGGAGAAACCACGGCGGUUGGAUAGUCUCCUGGCCGGCGACUAGAGAAUUGGCCCAGGCCGGUUUCAUCGACGCCUACCGAGCACUGUACCCAGAUCCUCUCCAGUAUCCAGGUAGGCGUCGACGGUUGCGUUUAUACAUUUUCAACUUAAGGGAUCACUUGGUCGACCGUGAACAAGUUCAACCCGGAGUGGAACUAUACGAUUCAGGAGCCAGAGGAUCGCAUCGACUUUAUUCACUAUUUGGGUUAGUUUUUUGGGGAAAACGAGAAUUGUUGCUUUAAAAUUGUAUUUUCCUUUUUUCGAAACCCUCAACUUCGUUCAUACCUAGACAUUUCAAAAAAAAAGUAUUAGAAUCAAUGAAGUGGCCAUUCAAGUGUUUUCAAGAGAUGAUCGAUAUUUUACGAAGGCAAAAAACUGUUCUAAGGUCUUGGCUUGAAAGGCUGUUGAAGGGCCUGAAAGGCUCGAAGCGUUUUGGUCGUCAACCAACACGCGUAAGCCGUUUCAAGUCGGUUGCUCUUUGAAGCAAUCACUAAAAAAAAAACUUCUCCUAAUAAGUUGGUUUGAUAAAAUCAAAAAAAAGACGAAUUUUUUUUUAUUUUUCAAUCGAAGUUCUUCAGGACCAAUCAGACCUUUGGCCGUAUCGACAUACUCCGGAUCGGAGCCCCUCCAACGAAUGCCCUACCACCAACAAAACGACUACCCCUCCGAUCAUUUCGCUCUUUUUGGCGACUUUCAACUCCUUCUUUGA